GGUCACCUUGCGCGGGCACGAGGCAAGGUCUUGUAAUAAUCGCAAAAAUCGAUCCGAUCCGCGGAUUUUAGAACUUGAACUCGUUCGUAGCCCGACGGUCGACGUCCAGUGUGAGUUACCGUAAUAUUGUGCGGAUUUCUGUGAUAUAUAUUUUAGUUUUUCAUAAAAAAACUAACAAAACUGCUUAACAAUGGGUGUACCCGCCGGUGAUGUAGAAAAAGGCAAGAAACUGUUUGUCCAAAGGUGCGCCCAGUGUCACACAGUGGAAGCGGGUGGCAAACACAAAGUGGGUCCUAACCUACAUGGACUUUUCGGAAGAAAAACUGGCCAAGCCGCCGGGUUUGCUUACACGGACGCCAACAAAGCGAAAGGUAUCACAUGGGGUAAAGACACUCUCUUCGAAUACUUGGAGAAUCCCAAAAAGUACAUCCCAGGAACCAAAAUGGUGUUCGCCGGCCUGAAAAAGCCGCAAGAGCGCGCAGACCUCAUCGCCUACCUGGAAGCCUCCACCAAGUAAAUCCAGUGUUACCAGUUCAGUGUUUUUCUAGGAAAAUUACAAUACCAGAGUUUUUCAAAAAAAAAAUUACUAUCCAGGAUAACGUUUUAGCUUAUCAAAGUAUUGUCAAUUUUCCCAUUCAUGACAUCCGCAUAAAUCAUCUUCAGUAGUAUUUCAAUGUGUACGAGGGUCGACAGUUUGAUCACGUGUCAGCGCUGCAUAUUGUCUGUACAAAUUAGCCAAUUUUUACUAUUUUAAGUAUUUAAUCACGAUUUAAAUUAUUUCUUAUUAAUUUAUAAGUGAAACGUCCCCAAGUGGUAAAUUAAUAAUAAAUCAAGUGUUAAUUUAUUUGUGAAAA